CCUCCAAUCUAGCAGCAGCUUUGUGGUCCCUUUUGCAUGUGGAUCAGUGAUUGGCUGCUUGUGCAGCAUAGAACAUGAAUAGCAUCCAUAAUCUGCAGGCUGUCUCCUAGCUAGAAUGGGGCCAAGUGCAUGAUCUAUCGAGGUCUCUGAAGAGCAAAGUGAUGGAGGGAUUUGCUAAGGACUGCGCAGACUUGGGAUGGCAAAUCCUCUUCCCUGCUGGCUUAGAUCUGAGCCUGUUAAAGUAUUGACACUGGAGCUCCUAGGGUCCUUCCAGCACUAGAAAUGCUGUGUGCAUCCCAGAAUCCUCUGUGCUGGGGAAUUUUAUUUCCCCCACAACUGCGGAGGGGAGGGAUGAAAAGAAGCUGACCUGGAUCACUGUGGUGUUAGGGAAACCAUAACACCCAAUGGGGUGAUCUUGUUGAACUGUGACCUUGUACCUCAAAUCAUGGCUACGUGCUGGAUAAUCUCUUCAUUGUGUAGCCGGAGUUCUUUUUGGCUGCUAUGACUGGCCUGGCUGGGAUUUUCCUUGCACUGAGUCACUGCUCUGGGCUGUGCCAAGAGGAGCUUUGGCAUUGUGCAAUAAAUACCAUCACUCUUCAUGCUCACAGUUGUCACUAAUAGUUUGGGUUUGUGCUGCUGCAUCUUGGGGCUUGCUGUUGCAUUGCUCUUUUCAUGCUGAACCUGUCACCUUGUCAUUCAGAUAAAAUCUGUAAUUGAGAGGACAAAAGAGACCUUAAACGUGCACCCAAUGUAUCGUGAGCGCUCACCGAGGCGGAAAGUAGGGCCAGUCAUAUUUCAUAAGACUGUGUCCCAGGAUCGCUUGAUUGAAGAGCUGCAAGACAGAUUGGGAAUCAGCAAACAGGAAGAGGAGGAAUGGAAAAGCCAGGAAGACUGGCUGACUGAGGGGGUCAUUGUCACCGCCAGGCCACAAAGGAAGCAGCAGGAUGGUGGACAGCAAGUACAGAAGAUUAUAAUUCCUCCAGAAUCCCCCCUGCCCAUGAGAAGAACAGUCUCUGUGCCAGCUUCUCCCCCACUCCAGCAUCCCAAAGAAGCUGCCAAGAUUUUCCCUGCCAAAGCUGCUUCCUCUUCUCACCCUAUUCCCUCUCCACUUCCUCCACCCCCUCCUCCAUACCCGCCACAACCUUCCUAUGUACCCUCUGCUGCUGCUCCUAAUCCAGUCUCCUGCUCCUUCAGCUUGCCUCCCCAGCCUCUGUUCCAGUGGGAGACUUCUUCUGAUGACUACCAGGAACUCUCUGUGGUGGGCACUCCCCCCUCUGAAGAUCAUAGAUUCCUCCAUUCUCCCCAAGCCCAGAUUCCUCCUGCCAUGCUGACUGAGCCAGUGGUAGCGUCUUCUCCUGCCAAGACACUAUCUUCUGUUGGCUGUCAGACUGACCAAGAUCCAUUCUUCCCACCGAUGCAGGCAUGCUUUUCCUUGUGCUCUUCAUUGAACAGAGCAAUUACACGUCUGAAUCCAGCACUUCCUGGCCUGUUGGCUCUCUAGGUAGAGCGUUUGGGUAAAGGCUGGUACUGGGCUGCUCUACAGAAGAUGAGUUUAGUGCUGCCAGUGGCUGAUUUUUCUAUCAGAUUUGUCCCUUUAUAGCAGUGUGAGGUGCACGUGCAUGGAACGAUCCAGAUCCUGUGUCCAUUUGCUGGCCACAUCCAUGUGGCAUUGGGAAUGGACCAUGAUCUUUGUUUCUCGCCAUUGAACUGAAGGAAUCGAGUCCAUUAGUUUAGGGCCCAAUACUCCCCUCCACAGUGUGGCACUGAGGGGAGGGGAGAAAGAUGUGGAAAAGCCUGAGAACCAGAAGAAGAGGCUGAACAGUGAUUCCACAUGCCCCUGAACCCCACCCAUGUGGACACCGCUCAGCUGGGAUUCUGUGGGGCUUGGGGUGUAGUGCGGAGGCAAUAAAUAGCUGCUCUGUAUGUCCUGCUCUCUUAAGCCCAGGGAGAAUCCUGCUAGAAAAGCGUAGGGAGACCCAAUACCUGAGCAGGCCUGAUUCCAUCCAUUAUAGGUAGUGACCCUCAUACGCAAGCCAGUGCAGUAUAGCUUCAGUCUCCACAAGCACCAAUCCAUCAAGGAGGUUCCUCUGCAUCAUGAAUUGUUGUCAUACUUUGCAGGUGACCCCUACUCCGCCGCUGGUCCGACGUACCAAUCCACUUGCUGCUCGGCCACCCCUCGCGCCGCCCACCCAUGAGAAGGCAGGAUACCCUUUCUGUUUCCCCGCUCAGCAUGGUGUGCUGUUAAGGCAAGAGGGAUGUCAUUCUGGCACAGUCCUCUGAGCUGUUCCUAGAGGUCCUGUUGCUAUGAAUGCCGGAUGGUUGUUUUUCUAUGCAUGGUCUGCUGUUUACAGGUGCGUUGCUGAACCUGACAGCAGUGGCAGACCUUUUAAAUUAGGGCAGGAAUUUGGAAGGCCUUUGCAUGAGCAUUUCUAGCACGCGAGUGUGGUGUGCAUUGGUAGUGUUCCUAAAGGGGCUGUGCUCUACAGAGUGCAGGCAUUGGGGGUGCACCCCUGCAGGGGUGUGGAAUAUUUCCAAAAGGAACCGCACCCCUUUGCUGGUAAGAAUGCAGUCCCACCAGUAAAGGUCAAGUCCAUGUUGUCCUGCACUGAGAUGUCAGUGGCUGCACUGAAGUUAGCUGAGGCUGGCUGGUGCCUGGGGCAGGGAGGGACCUGUCACUGGUGCAUUCCAUUCAUUGCCAUCCUCUCUGCAAGUGACACUUCACGUCUCAUUUGUCUGUUUCUAGUCAGUUUCUGCACCCCCUGUCCAAUGGCCACAGGCCCCUGGCCAGGAUGAGGAAGCAUGUGGCUCCCUGUGCCCCUCUGUUGCAUGAUACGGGCACCCACACAUGUGUAUUGUUACCUUUUGAGUGUGUUGGCUGUGAAGUGCUACAGGGAUCAGACUAGGAAAGGUGCUGACGCUAGAGAAAAAUCAGCUCCAGGGAAACCUGGGUGUAAGGGCUAGGAGAUGAUCGAUACUAGAUACAUAAACAUGUCUACCGACUCCCAUUGCCUGUACUCUUGAGUUAUGAUCAGUUUGGAUUCACUGGUCUAAUUUUUAGAGGUGCUGAAGGUCCCCAAUUCACUGUACUCUGCACCUCUCAGGAUCAGGCCUCUGACUGCCCUGCAGUUUAGAGAGGGAGAAUCCUAAACUCGGUGUCCAGCAAGAUGUUUCCUCCCCAUAACGCUGUCUUGGGGAAUCUGCACUGUAGGUAUAACUGACAAAUGCUUGUGUGCCCGUGUGUCAGAUCUACAGGGUCUGGUCUAUGCCCCAGCCUGUAACCAGUCCUUUUGGGGUGACCCCUUUAAUGUGCUAGGCCCCAAGGACCCACCCAGUUCCACAGGGGCAAGACUCCACAUACUCCAAAACUGGGCUUUUGGGUGCCAACAAUCCCUGUUUCCCUCCAUGGCUCCCUGCAGCAAAUCCGGCAGAGCCAGACUCCUGUGGGAGGUGUGUCCUUCGCUCCUUCAGAGUGCAGUGCUCCCAGUACGAGUGACAGUAGGGAUCCUUUUCAAAACAACACAUCGGUCAGCUGGGGGUACAGAAUCUGAAAGUCCUUAGGGGUGAGCACAGAGAAGCAAAGAUUAAGACACAGUUCAGUGUGGCCAGCGUCCGAGCUCUACCCAGCCAAGCUGCUGUAGAAUUCAUUUUGGCUCUGUCUCUGUCCUGUUGUCUGGUUUCAGGUGGGGGGUGUGUUCUGUGUAUCUCUCUGAGCACAGCUUGUAAAACACCACCUGCUACCUUUCCUCUUUGUCUGUCUGCAUGCAGGACAGCUGAAGAGCAAUGGGCAGAGACUGCAGAAAUUCCCUGAGGUCUGUACAGUGCUUGCCUAACGACCUCGGGGCCUUUGCUCUGCUUCCCUGUAGA